AUGGACGGUGGAGACGAAUAUGCUGUCGGUCUCAAGUACAAUUUAGGGGAUAAAUCUGCAAAUUUGCCUGUGUGGACGAUUGGCGGUGGCCUUAGGAUACCUCAGAACUCCAUAUUAAGGCUAGCCAUGGAUGGGGAGCUUGUUUUAGUGGAUAACCUAAGCAAAAUCACUAUGUGGAGUAGUGGCACUUCAAAUUUGGGUGUCCAGAAAGCAAGGGUUUUGGACAAUGGCAACUUUGUGCUUCUGGGGAGUGAAGGCGAAGUGGUGUGGGCGAGUUUUGAUAGCCCGACAAACACUCUUCUUCCGGGCCAAUCCUUCCGCUACCCUCAGACCCUCCGUGCCCUCUCGUCAAAAUCGAUCUCGAGCUACUACAGUUUGGUGAUUAGCAAGAGUGGCGAGCUGCGGCUUUUGUGGGAACACAAUGUGACCUAUUGGAGCAGCCAAUUCAGCUCGAAAGAAGCAAGAUUUGAUUCGAAUGAUCGGGACGGGAACCUGAGGAUUUACUCUUGGGACCGCGUGGGCCGGGCGUGGAAGCCCGUGUGGCAGGCGGUUGAGGACCAAUGCAGUGUGUUUGGAUCCUGCGGCUUGUAUAGUGUGUGUGGAUACAACUCGACUGGCCCCGUGUGUGACUGUUUGAAUCCCAACCCGUUGGGCGGAUCCGGGUGCUGGAAAUUGGCCGACUUGGGCAACUGUAGGAUGCACGCUAGCGUGUUAACCAUGAACCAAACCGUGAUCUAUGGGCUGUACCCGUCCCAUGAUGACGAGAUGCUUCUUAGUGAGAUGCGCUGUAGGGAUUUCUGUUUGAAAGAUGCAGCCUGUUUAGCAGCGACCUCGAUGAACGAUGGGUCGGGCCUGUGCAAGGUGAAGCGGACAAGCUUUGUGAGCGGCUACAGGGGCCCUUCUGUUCGUGCCGUGUCUUUCCUCAAAGUAUGCUCCGUCCCGCAGGCCGUUGCCGCCCGGGGCGCCGGCACGCACCUCGCCGGGCCCGUGGCCUCGGCCCACGACCCCGGUUUUGGAAAGGGUAGUGCAAAACGCUUGAUUUGGCCCAUCGUGUUCAUCGUUCUCGUCACAUUACUCGUGGUCUCGACCAUCCAGAUCCUAAUCCUAACGAUUCUCUACCGGAAAAGAAAAAUCUUGGUAUCCCGGAAGGGAAUCCCGGAGGCACAGGCGAACGCGCUCUACAGCAUGCUUGUCCGAGUCUCGUUUGAAGAGGCUAAAGAGCUAAUGAACGACUUUGUGGAUAAAAUCGGGGCUUCGGUUUUCCGGGGAUCCCUUCCGAACGGGACGCCGAUUGUGGCAAAGGUGCUGACGGACGUAGGUGUGUCGGAGAAGGAGUUUCGGGCCACGGUGUCGACCCUCAGCGGCACCCACCACCGGAAUCUUGCAUCCGUCAAGGGGUUCUGCUUUGAGGGGUCGAAUAAGGUGUUGCUUCGGGAGUUUGUGCCUAACGGGUCAUUGGACAAGUGGCUUGACGUAGAGGAGAAUCGUGAUGGGGGACGGAUUUGGGAGCAAAAGGUCGAGAUUGCCCUUGGCAUCGCGCGUGGGCUUGCCUACUUGCACUCGGAGUGCCAAAAGUGCAUAACUCAUGGCAAUCUGAAGCUGGAAAACGUGCUUUUCGAUGAGAAUAUGGUCCCCAAGCUGACGGAUUUUGGUCUCCGAGAUUUAUACUCGAGACAAGCACAAGCGCCCUCGUCGUCUGAGUCCCCAUCCGAACGCGAUAUUUAUGCUUUGGGGUUAAUGUUCCUACAGAUCCUCACGUGCAAGAGAGAAGUAUACGGAGAGACUAUGGAGAGCAUACUCAACCAAGUGAAGCAGAAAUGGAAGUUUUUAGAUGACUACAGUUCUGAGGCGAUUGAGAGGAUGGCAAGAAUCUCGUUUUGGUGCAUGCAAAGUCAGCCAUUUUUGAGGCCGUCAAUAGGGGAGGUGGUUAAGGUGCUCGAGGGUACCCUCUCAGUCGACCGUCCACCCUCGUUUUUGGUGUGCAGGCGUGAUGUAGAGGUCGACACGGAAAUAUUAGAAGCCGAGUGUUAG